CCAUACCUUCAUAUACCGGGUUCUAUAAACGUUAUCUCUGGCUUUCCCUUAAAAAAAAUCGAAAUUAACAUGUGACCAAUUAAGUUUUAAUAAUUUCAUUGCCCUUACAACUUAUAAAUACAAUAUUGAAAUGUCCUUCGACUCACUAUCCGAGACGACGAUCGUUGGAAAAUCUGUGUAAAACUAACAUCUGUUCGUGGUUGAUAAAUACUUUAGUGGGAAUACAUCAAAUAUGGAUUUUACAAGCAUAUUUUUGCUCUGCCUAAUUUCUUGUGUUAUUGGUGCUAUUUUAAUGUUACUUGUCCAAUAUUAUGCGUUUGUUAAAUAUUUUGAGAUGCCUGAAGCUACCAAAGAACAGAAAUCAAUUAAUGAAAAGUAUUUAUUGCCUGAUGCCCUUAUGGCCAAUGUUCAUUCAGCCGAUCCAGAUAGCAAAAAGCCAGUCAUUGCAUUCAAUUUAGUGUUUCAAUUUCUGUUCCACGAAUUACGAAAUUCGAGUAGAGUGAGAAAAUGGUUUUAUCGUAAACUAACUGUUGAGUUAGAUGAAUUAAUUACGAAGACUACAACCGGAAAAUUUUUCGACAAAUUAACAAUCAGAGAUUUGGAUCUAGGCUCCCAAUUCCCCGAAAUAAAAAAUAUUCGAGUUCACAACGUGGAUCUUCACGAUACCGAAGGUCAUAUCGAAGGAUUAGACCUACUACUCGACUUGAAUUACAAUGGAAAUUUUAAGAUAUCCUUUGACGCUGAUAUGGUACUGGGCAAAAAGGGCUACCUAUCUGUUAAAGUGAAAUCAAUGUCAGGUUUGGCAAGACUGCAGUUCACUCGUCAACCGUACACGCAUUGGUCACUCUGCUUCCUGGGAGACCCAAAAGUGAAUCUAGAUAUUGAAACCCAAUUCCAAGGACGUCAAAUGCAAUCGAAUGUUACUAGUUUGAUAUCGAAUCAGAUUCGAAAGGCUAUACGACGCAAGCACGUUCUUCCCAACUACAAAUUACGUUAUAAACCAUUUUUCCACUUCGGAUUUGAGGAUGAACUCGACACGAGUGAUAUAAUCAUUGAUGGUAAUGUUGAAGUAAACAUUAGUGAAUUAUCGCGACUGAUUGUACCACCUACGAUAAACAGUGUAUACUGUACCUUAACACUGGCCUCAAUUCCCUGGGUACUAGCUAGACAACAUGACGAUCAGAAUGUCAUCGUUUCGUUAGACCUCAAAAUACAUAAAGCGAAAAACCAACAAAUUGGCAUAAUGUUUAAGCAAACGGAGCAUAAUGUCCAAGUGGAAGCCAUCAUCCCAAAUACACCAGCUACUAAAGCGAAAUUCUGUAAAGGGGAUGUACUGGUUUCAAUUGAAGGUAAAAAGGUGUCUCACAUCAAUCACAUUGCCAAAAUUGUGAAAAGUCUGAACCGAAAUGUUUUCACGCUAAGAAUUGAGAGGCUAGUCGCGGGUGUGAUUCGAAACGAUGCAGUUUCGGAGGACUUUGAAGUCUAUGAAGAUUUUAACGACUUUAAUAUCAGCUUUUCGAAGACUAACGAUUCGGUGCAAAUCGGAACAAAAAUGCUCCGAAAGAAUUCGUUCGAUAAGACGGCAUCCAGUGCGGAUUCUAGUCGGUCGAAUACACCAACUAAUUCGCCUCGAAAACAGGACGAAAGAAACUUUUUGAAAAAGGCCAGAAGUCUUAGCCGUGGCAACAGUGAGACGAAAGCGGCAAGCGACGACAAUUCGAGUUGCAAAUCAAGUGCGUCGACAAAGGGUCGCGAAGAAAAUGAUGGGAUCGAAUUUUUUCAACAGCAUUCGACCAUUGAUUGCGAUAAGAAUGGUUUCAUUCGAAUGAAUGAUUUAGCGCAAUUCAAAUUGAAUGACAAUACAACGUUCUUCAAUUUAAACGUUUUCGGACGGUCCAACGAGGAAACAGUAUUACUUGGAUACUUAAACAUCCCUAUUCUCAAUCUACUAGCCGAAUGUAAUGACUCAAAUCUGGGAUAUUUUGUUAAGCAAUAUUCCUUGAUGCCUCCAGAUGCACAUAAUCUUUCUAAUCACUCGUUAUCAUCUCAAUCUGGAUUCGACCAAAAUUUGUGUUUUGGGGAUGUUCUUUUAUCAUUCACCUGGUCAGGAUACAAUCAGUCAUCAGAGAGUGCCAAAAAAAUUAAGUCACCACGAUCAUCCACCGAUAAAUUAGACGAGGAUAAAAAUGACGGUGCAACCACAUCUAAGCAGCAUGAUUUCAUCCGAACACAUUUUCAACGUUCAACGCAAUGUGAUUUCUGUGGCAAAAAGAUUUGGCUUAAAGAUGCGGUGCAGUGUCAGAACUGUUCCAUGUGCUGCCACAAAAAAUGCAUAAACAAAUGCCAAAAUUCCACAAUAUGCGGUCCCGUUGAAGCGACAGCAAAUCUGCAACCGCAGGUCGAAUUUAAGGUUACCGAUGCAGAUGUGAACGACGACGAACUGGAGGAAUCGGAUGAACCUCGACCGAUUUUAGAGCAACACCGACAGAGUUUCAGUGAAAUGAUCAGCCAGGGAAUAAAACGGGUCAAUUCGGCAAAUAAUCUAGCUAUUCCAGGCAUAGUGGCCGCUAUGAAUCAAGGAAGUAAGAGUCUACCACCGAGUCCACAACAUACUCCCAGAAAACAAUCUCUUGUUAAUCAAAGCACAAACCCAUUUGGAGUAGUGGCACAGAAAUUAGAACUCUUGCCAGAUGACAUGGCUGACAUAACUAGAGAACAUAUCAACGGCGUCACCGAACCCUUGAUUAGCUUUGGAGGUCCUGAUGAAUUGAUGGGAUUAGCUAAAUCGUCUAGUAGAACUUUGUAUGCUGAUCUAGAGCCUACCGACCGACUUGCUAAAAUCAAUAGUUUGCUCUCGAAAUUGCGUAUUGCAUUGGAUAGCGAAACGACGUCUCAUGCCAAUCUGACUUCAUCACUUCAUGAUCUUAAUAAAAUUCCAGAAAAAACUCAACACGUCGAAACCGUUCGGGCCCCGGCCGACUCGCAUCUACUAUUGCAGACAAAAGGACCAUCGGUUGAAUCUACGAAACGAACGCCGAAAGAGAUACAAGACAGCACCAAGAAAGCUUUUCUUAUCGGCCAGUCAGAGGAAAGAGUGCAAGCACUAAGUGUUAUUAUGUUGUAUUUGUGCACCGGCUUGCAGUAUGCCCAGGGUGUUGCUAAUCAAUGAACUAUUUGAUGAUGAUUUUUGAAAUAAAAAAAAAAGAUUUGUUGUUUAUUUCCGAUUUA